AUGGCUAUAAACUUAGACAAAUUUAAGGCUGAUCUUCUCGCGGCGUGGAAAGAUGUUUUAGAUGAGAAAUCUGACACCGAUUGGGCCCUAUUUAGUUAUGAUGGGAUGUCAAAUGACCUUAAAUUUAUCAGCAAAGGAGAUGGAGGUCUCACUGAACUUGUUGAUGAAUUCAAUAGUGGCAAGAUACAGUAUGCUUUCUUAAAAGUGGACAUUCCAAAUAGUACAAUAUCAAAAUAUGUGCUUAUCAAUUGGCAGGGAGAAGGCGCCCCAACAGUUCGUAAAGGCACAUGUGCUAAUCACAUCAAGCAUGUCUCUCAGUUCUUUAAUGGAUUCCAUACGACAAUUCAUGCGCGGACUGAAGAUGACCUGGAUGAGAAAAUAAUCCUAGACAACUUGGCUAAAGCUGGUUCAGCAUUUAACUUUAAGUCUAAUAGAAAUGAGGAGCAGCCACCUAGCGGACCAAUUGGCACUAGUUAUCAGAAAGUUAAUCCAGUACAAGAAAUAAACUCUAAAGAACGGGACCAGUUUUGGUUGAAAGAGGAACAAGAAGAGAAGAAGAGGGUAGAAGCAGAGAGAAAACAAAGAGAAGAGGAAAAGAGGAAAGCUGAGGAAGAAGUGAGAAAAAGGGAUGAACGUGAAGCCGCUAAACGGGCACAGGUUGAACAACAAAAUAUUCCUCAAGAUAAAGCGCCUAGGACGAGUGUAAGUGAGCGAUCGGUUGAGGCUCGAGAACUUAUUGGUGCUUCGACGUCCGCUGCUAGAAAGAUGUUUCAGCAAAAUCUUGCGCAGGGACAGAUUUAUAACAAGUCUUCAAAUAUACCAGAAAAACCGGUCAGAAGUUCAGUAAUAGCGCAAAGAAUAAAUGCAUUCUCCCAAAAUACAUCUCAACCGUCGUCACCGAUUCAUACACCAAAAUCGCCGACACAACUUGAAGCCAAAGACAAUAUAACACCCAUAGAGAAAUCACCCACAGGCAAACCACCAACUCCAGCCACAGAGAAGCUAUCUAUAGACAAGGAGGAAGCUACAGAUUCGUUACAGGAGGGCCAAAAAAGUCCACUAAAGAACAUAGACAAGAUAACGAUGAGCCUGGAAACACCAUCACAGAUACAAUACGAACCGAUAAUUGAUCCCACAGAUCUUAGUCCGAGCACAGAAAACGAACCGAGCUCAUUUAGUUCUGUCAAUUACACAGAGUAUCUCGAUUAUAGAGAUUUGAAGCAAUGCGAGCCGAUGAUCAAACAGAAUAUUCUGGAAAAUGAUAUUUUCGACCCGGCUUACUCGAGUUCGAACGAAAAUGAUGAUGAUGAUUCCGAUAAUAAGUUUAGUACGAUCAAGAGGUCGCCAUACAGUAAAAAUAAUGACGCGGAGUUAAGUAGACAAAAUACUGUGAUUGAAAAUGUUAAUUAUAAAAAGGAAAAUGGGGCCACGCAUGAAGAUGUGUCACCCGAAGGUUUGGAAGAGAGCUCAAUAUAUGAAGAUUUGGAUGAUGACCCCGGUCUAACUGCAAGAGCCUUGUAUGAUUAUCAAGCAGCCGACGAAUCCGAAAUAACAUUCGAUCCGGGUGAUAUAAUUACUCAUAUAGAACAAAUAGACGCGGGUUGGUGGCAAGGCCUCGGGCCUCAUGGCGUUUUUGGUCUUUUUCCCGCCAAUUAUGUUGAAUUGAUGCCUUGUGUACCUCGCUAA